UUGCAGCGCUGUUUUAUUUUGGCCCUCUAGUGGCAAAUAGUGUGUGCGUGUGUGUGCUGACGACGGAUACGCUGCCCAAAUCCAAUCGAACACAAAUUGACAUUAUUAUUCUGGCAACAGGUUGCAGUCCAGCUACAGCCAACAAAUGCCGGUGCGCACGUACGAUGUGACGGAGCGCGUCUUCACCGCGAUGCAGACGCUGGACAUCACAUCGCUAGCCGAUUAUCCGGAGCAUGAAAUACGCCCGGUGCUGCCGUCGCUAGUGCGGAUGAGUUUGCUCUCACCACUGGACAACACGGAGGGUUCAAUGGAGUCGCGCAAACAAAUACUGGCCGUGCUCAUUGGCAUCGAGGUGGUGAACAGCAUUGUGUCCUAUCUGCAGGUGAAUUACCAUGAGCUGGAGAACGAUCUGAAAAAAGAGCUGCAGACGCGACAAAAGAAUUCGGCAGCCAACUUCAUGGAUGCCCAGCAGCAGCAACAACAGCAACCGCAACCGGAAUAUGGCCUCCAAUCGGGCAUCGCCUUGGGAUUUGAACGCGCCGAUGUGGCGCGCAAAGUGCGUGUGGUGCUCUCCGAGAUUUUCAAUCUACAGCAGCAGCUAACGAAUGCCAAUGCCGGCGGCUCUGGCUCCGGCUCCGAGUCGAAGGCGGCCACAGCAACAACCAACAACGCCGGCAGCAGCUCAGGCGGUGGCAGCAGCCCAACGACGGCGACUUUGCUGCAGGCGACGCAUUCGGAGAUGCUCGACGAUGGCAUCUAUCUGGAGGAGGUGGUCGACAUACUGUGUAUUGCGCUCGCCGAGCUGCCGUCGCUGCUCAACAUACUGGAGCUAACAGACGCCUUGGUCCAGGUGCCAAACGGUUAUCGCAUUGUUUGCGCCUUGGUGGCCAAUUUCCCAGAUUGCUAUCGCGAUGUGGUGUCGCAUGUGAUUGCCAACUGUGAUGAGGAGGCGGCCGAUGGCAAGCAGCGGCUCUUACUGCUCAUGUCGCUCAGCGAAAUGAAUCCAUCGCAGGCGCUGGCCAAUCGCUCUAUGUGUGUGGAGAUGCUCAAAGUGCCGUCGUUCAUGCUCAAGCUGGCGUUGAAGCAUCCCGAUGAUUUGAUUGCCUUCCUCACCGGUUUGCUGCUGGGCAACGAUCAGAAUCUGCGCUCCUGGUUUGCGCUCUACAUUCGCACCAGCCAGAAGCGGAAGGGUGAUGCAUUGAAUCUGGUGCGCGUCGAGCUGCUGCAGAAGAUCGUGCGCAUCACAAGCAAAGCUGCUGAACUGAAGGACUUCAAUCUGCAGGGCGCCGUCCUGUUGCGUUUGUAUUGUGCCCUGCGUGGCAUCGGAGGACUGAAGUUCAAUGAUGACGAGAUCACAGCGUUGUCCCAGCUGGUCACGAGCUGCCCCAAGGCGACGCCAUCGGGCGUGCGCUUUGUCACGCUGGCGCUGUGCAUGCUCAUCGCCUGCCCCUCGCUGGUGUCCACCAUACAGCUGGAGAACAAGGCGGUCGAGUGGCUCCAGUGGCUGAUCCGUGAGGACGCCUUCUUCUGCAAGCGCUCUGGGUCGAGCAGCUCCCUGGGAGAGAUGCUUCUGCUGUUGGCCAUACACUUUCACAGCAAUCAGAUCACGGCCAUUAGCGAGAUGGUUUGCUCCACGCUGGCCAUGAAGAUCCCCAUCCGGCCGAACAGCACCAAUCGGAUCAAGCAGCUGUUCACCCAGGAUCUGUUCACCGAACAGGUUGUUGCAUUGCAUGCAGUGCGGGUGCCGGUGACGCCGCAAUUGAAUGGCACCAUUCCGGGAUAUUUGCCGGUGCACUGCAUCCAUCAGCUGCUCAAGUCGCGCACGUUCCUCAAGCACAAGGUGCCGAUCAAGUCGUGGAUCUUCAAGCAGAUCUGCAGCUCGGUGCGUCCGGUGCAUCCGGUGAUGCCCGCUCUGGUCGAGGUGUUUGUCAACACGCUGAUCAUACCGAAUCCCACGGGCAAGAUCAGCAUCGAUCACAUGCAUCGUCCGUUCACAGAGCUCGAGAUCCUGCACGUCUUUCGCACCUCCCCGCUCACCUUCUUCGCCGAGGAGCUGCAGUCGGAGAGCUCCGAUGAACUGGCCCAGGUCGAGGUGAGUUGUCCGCUCACCUCGCAGCUCCUGAUGAUCUACUACCUGAUGCUGUACGAGGACACCCGGCUGAUGAAUCUGAGUGCGUUGGGUGGUCGCAAGCAGAAGGAGUACACCAACAAUUUCCUUAGCGGUUUACCCCUUAAGUAUCUGGUGCAGAAGGCGCAUCAAUACCACAGCGAUUACCUCUCGCUCUUCCAUCCGCUGCUGCGUCUCAUCAUCUCCAAUUAUCCGCAUCUCAGCAUGGUCGACGACUGGCUGGAGGAGCACUAUCUGGGCGGCAGCUCAUCGCUGCAGCACGUCAAUCACGAGCUUAAGCUGGAGCUCCUCGAACGGGCGUUGAACAUGCUCAAAGCCAAGCCCCAGCUGGCGAUACGCAUCUUCAAGCGUCUGCUGCAGUUGCCUCCCGAAUCGUUGGCUCAGUAUGCGCCUAAGCUGGUCGAGCAUCUACCCCACGUGUUUGCCAAGGAUGUGCCACGCUACGUGAAGGAUCUGUACAACGAUCUGUGGCUGCGCCUCAACGCUGUGCUCCCUACCACCUUUUGGCUGAUGUCGUUGCGCGCGAUCACACGCAGCGCAGACUCGAUGAGCAAUCGUCGCAGCUUUGGCAACGAGAGUCUCCUCGAACCCAUGGAUGUCCUGGCUUGCCCACGUCAGGUGUUUUGCUCUCCGUACAUGCUGGUUGUACUGCUGCGCAUUCUCAAGGGCAGCUUGGCAGCCUCCAAGACGUACCUCAACGUGCACAUGCAACAGAAGCAGGUGCUCGACAAGAACGGACUUGUGCAAACCGAUGCGGAUCGCGAGGAGCUCAAGACCACGUUGAUUGCAUCGCAGGAAAGCGCCGCUGUUCACAUUCUCCUCGAGGUGCUCGAGCACAUGGACAGCAAAGCCUCGAGUCGCGUGGCGUUGUUGGAACUGCGCGAGAUUCAGGGCAUCAUCGGCAGCUAUGUGCAUCAGGCGUUCAUCACGGAACCUUCGCUGGCCAAACUUGUGCACUUCCAGACGUAUCCGAAGUCUGUGAUUCCCAUGAUCGUGGCCAGCGUCCCGUCCAUGCACAUUUGCAUUGAUUUCGUCCACGAGUUUCUCAACGUCACCGAGAUGGACAAACAGAUCUUCACCAUCGAGCUGACCUCGCAUCUGGUGCUCAACUAUUCGAUACCCCGGAGUUUGGGUGUCUCCAAGUUCUGUCUGAAUGUCAUUCAGACAACGCUCUCGCUCCUCACUUCAUCGGCCAAGUGCAAGUUCCUGCGUCACGUGCUGCCGUCGAUGGUGCGUUUCGUCGAAACGUUUCCGAUUCUCGCCGAGGAUUGUGUCAACAUCCUCAUGAACACCGGACGCAGCCUCCACUCACAGUCCUCGCUGGGCGUCACCACCAUGCAGAUGCCCCUGACGGAGAGCGCCAAGUUGUGCUCGUAUCGGGAUGCUCAGCUGCACAUCAACAUGAUCGAGGAUGCCUUCAAGGUGCUCGUCGAGGCCGUCAUGCAGAAGGCUGAACUCUAUUAGAUCUGAUACCCCCGUCUCCUUUCCUCUCCUCUCUCAGUCCCUGCCUCCCUGUCCCUCUUAGUAUUAAGCACAAGAUACGUAGUGAUUAGGCUAAUUGUUGUAGUGAGUGUAAAUGAUGAACUUUGCUUAACCCUUUGUCUAACGAAUUCAUCGCGUAUUUUCUCUGUAAGUCAACAACACACAAAUUGUUUCUCCAAACUGAAUGUAAAUAAAACACAUAAACACGUCUAAGAUCACAGUCAUUAUUUUUGUACUCUUUUAAAAUCUGAAAUAAAUCAGAAAUGAAUUUAAGUGUAGUGAAAAUAUAUUGAAUGAGAAAUAAUUG